AUGCCGCGACGAGGAACAGAACUAGUGCAGCUGCCUGUGCCCCCAAAAAAGAAAACUAAGAUAGUGGAAGAACUUCCGAGUCCUAGUCUGGACGUGAGUUACUGUGAUGAUGAAGCUUUGCCCCCUGGGAUAGUGUUUACUGAUGUCUUGCAGAAGAAAUGGAGGAUCGGGAAACCUAUUGGUAGAGGCAGUUUUGGUCGUAUUUACUUAGCUUCUGACGAUGUUGAAAAGGAGGUCACAAAAUUAAGUGCAAGAUAUGUAGUCAAGAUAGAACCUCACAGUAAUGGACCUCUUUUUGUGGAGAUACACUGCCUCAUCAGAACUGCACAGUCUUCUCAAAUAAAAGCAUGGCGACUAGAAAACAAGCAAAAACGUAUUGGUAUGCCUGUCUACAUAGCCAGUGGGUCGUUCACAGAUGAAAACACCGGCACUAAAUACAGAUUCCUUGUCCUACCACGCUAUGACAUCGAUUUACAUAAAAUCGUUGCCAGAACUAAAGUGCUGGACAUCAAAAAUGUUCUAGUACUUGCAUUACAAAUACUAGAUGUCUUGGAGUACUUACAUAGCCAAGGAUACACACAUUCUGACAUAAAAAGCUCUAAUCUAAUGCUUGGUUUUGAUGGAUCACGGGUUGGAAAAGUUCCUUUCGUAAAAUUAACUCCAUCUUUCCAAAAGGACACUAAAGAACUAGCUGUGUUAUCUGGCAAACACAGGAGAGUGAAACCUACUAAGGGAAGAACCUCUAACUAUUAUGAUGAUGAAGAUUUUAUCAUCAAGGAGUACAAGGGUCCAGAUGAGACAAAUGAUAACGACAAGAGACUUGCAAAUGUCAAAAAGAAGCUACGUAGAAUCCUGUCAGACAGAGAUAGUAGAACUCUCCACCGACAUCAUGCAUUCAAUCUCAGACAGAUAUCCAAUUAUGUUAAUUAUGAGGAUAUGAAUAGUUCUAUCUGUUCUGAUCAAUCAUAUCAAAAACUACUGGAUGAUUUUGGCGGCAAGAACUUAAUUCGUACUACUAAAGAAUUUCAAGAAGACACUAGAAAACGAAAUGCUAGGGAACAGAGAGAAAGUGAGCCUGAAAAUGUUGAUGAAUUAUUCCAAGAAGCUGUCCUAUCACAAACCAAUGGACAGAUCUAUUUGUUGGACUAUGGUUUGGCUUCCAAAUUCCUAGACUCUGAUGGUAUGCAUAAAGAAUUCAGUAUGGAUGCCAGAAAAGCUCAUGAUGGUACAUUGGAAUAUAGUUCAAGAGAUUCACAUAUUGGAGCUCAUUCUAGAAGAUCAGAUCUGGAAACCCUUGGUUAUAAUCUGCUAGACUGGCUAACAGGAACCCUGCCUUGGAAAACAUCAGAGGUACUAGCUGAGCCUGACCUAGUCCACGCUUUAAAGAAAAACUUCAUGACUGACAUCAAAUUGUUGUUGAAAACGUGUUUUAAGACUGAAUUCUAUCCCCAAUUCUUGGAGAAAUACCUUGAAUAUGUCACAAGUCUUGACUUCACUGAGAAACCUGAUUAUGACUAUUGUAGAAGUCUAUUUAAGAGUGAAUUGUUGAAAAAUGGUUGUUCUAGUGAUAAGGAAGUGUGUCUAAGUUUUAAUGAAGCACCAAUGUCUCCAAUGAGUCGUAAACUAUAUUACUCUAACAGGUUUGGAAAGAAAAACACUACCCCCAGUUUCUUAGCAAGGCAUGGCAUCAAGAAAACAUAUGAAAGAGAAAAUUUUUGUUCACUUGAAAAUGACUUGAAACUAGAACUAUUGAAACAAACUUUAAACUCAUCCAGUGAUGGAAUCCGCAAGCCUUGCGCGUCUCGAAACUUCUUCAUUUCGGAUGCCGAUUUAGUAGCUCGGUUGAAGAAGUCUCUAAUGCCACAUGACAUAUUUGGUAAAAAACUAUCACCUAAAAACUUAAGAUCUAAAAAGAAGAACAUAAAAAAACGCAGGGGAGUAAGAAAGCACAGGAAUAGUAUAGGCAAGUUUGGUAAUUUUAUGGGCUCUGCGCGCCAGUUUACUUGGGCGGAAAUCUUGGCCGGCAACCCAGAAGAUAUCAUUCGUAAUGCAGAACGCAAAACUGCUGCAGUGAAUACAGAGUAUGUUGAUGAUGAAACUUGCAAAUAUAGGAUCAGGAAAUUAUCAAAUGCAUCAGAGAACAGUGACUCACAUCUACAAUCACCACUGAUGCAAAAAGACUACUUACAAAACCUGAAUCCUACCUAUGCCAUGAAGGAAGUGGUGGCAGCUUUUAAGAGGAAGGUUGCUGGUAAACCAAAGGAGCCUGAAGAACCUAUUGAGGGGUUAGAAGGUUACACUCCAGCGAUGAUAAAAGUGUACAAAAUGAAAGAAAAACGAGAAGCAAAAGAGAAAAUGGAAGCUUUGAAACAACAGGCAUGUGCUAAGAAAGAAACUGCUCAAGUUCAAACUAGAUGCACAAGGUCUAUGAGGAGUAAGAAUCCAGUGGAACCAAGUUCCAGAGUCACAAGAAAAAAAGGUAGUGUUGACAGUAGUAAGUCAGUAGAGGUUGAAUCGAAAGUAGUUCCUAAGUGUACUGGUAGAACGCCAAGUAAGAAGGUCGCAAAUAAGAAGGAAGACAAGGAAACUAGUAAGAAGGAAAAGAAAGAAGUUGUAGUUGUAGAGCCUGAGAAACCCGCAGUGAAACCUACAAAAAAAACAAGAAGCAAGACCCUUACAGUUGUGAGCAACAGAAGAAGGUUGAGAAGUAGUAAACGCAAGAAAUAA